GUCACUUGGGCCCUUUAUUGAAAUCUGUCUUUGCCUUGACGUUAUGUGCACAUGAUGAUGUUACCAGUUGUAAAAUGGUUUUGACCGGGAAAAUGGUGAAGCAAACAUAAAAUUGUAAUUGUUACAAUUAAAGUGGAAACCAAAUAACAGUUUAAAUAGAGGUUAGAGUUGUAUUAAGUGUAAUUUAAAGCUGUAAUGAUUAAAGUUAACUGUUUACUUGCUUUUACAGCAAUCAACUGGAUCUUGGUCAUAAACAAAGUGAAUGGUACAAUUGAAUUGGAUGAGACAAGCAACCGUAACAACAAUAACAACCAGUAUUUCAAUAAAUCAAUUGGUGAUUAUCAAUGUGAUCAAUAUCAGGAUGCUGUUGAUGCUCCUGAUGCUACUUGGGAACCAGAUCAACCUUUAGUGUAUACAAGAUGGUCGAUAAUAAAAGGGUUUACUCGUAAAUUAAAAGGAAUUAAGGUUGCUCAUUUCUUGGGUAUUCCUUAUGCUCAACCACCAAUUGGUGAUUUACGUUUUAAAAAGCCUCGACCCUUACAGCCAAGGAAUGGUUAUGGGGCUGAUGGAAGAGAUGAGGACAAGAUUUUCAAAGCUUUCGAUUAUGGUACAGCUUGUAUGCAAAAGAUUUCCCUCAUCUUAAACUUCUCACAUGUUCCAAUAUCAGAAGAUUGUUUGUACAUGAAUGUUUACACUCCAUUAGAUAGCUUACCACAAGACUCAUCAACUGGUUCAGUUAAACCUUUACUACCUGUAUCUGUUCACAUCCAUGGAAGUGCUUUUGUUUAUUUAUCAUCAGCAGAUCCUCUUUUUUAUGGUGGCUAUCUAUCAGCCAAGGCAAACGUAGUUGUAGUUACCUUUAACUAUCGUUUAGGUUUGUUUGGUUUAAUGUAUGGCCAUGAUAAAUUAAUUCCGGGUAACUUGGCUCUUUAUGAUCAACGAGCAGCCCUUAUUUGGGUAAGACAAAACAUUGCAGCCUUUGGUGGUGAUCCUGGUCAGGUAACCCUUUCUGGUCACUCUUCUGGUGCCACUUUUGCAUCUCUUCAUCUUUUCUCGACCCAAUCAAGAUAUUUAUUUAAAAGUGCUGCUAUUUUGUCAGGAACGGCAACCUCACGAUCAGCAACCGAUUCACGAUCUGCUGCUUUGGCCAAGACGAGAAAACUGGUCUCUAAAGUUGGUUGUUCAGAGGCAAAUGUUGAUAAAAGCCAUUAUAAUGAAGUUACUGAUGACCAGUUGUCUCAGUACGAGAUUGACUGUCUAAUGGCUAAAGAUGCUUACGAUUUGAUUGAAGCUCAACCUGAUGUAAACAAAGAGAUUUUUGAAUGGGGUGAAAUGUGUUCUCUUGAAAUUUUCUUACCCUUCUAUGGUAGCCCCAUGUUUCCUGAAUCUCCUGACUCGAUGUUAUCUAAAGGAGACUUUCGUCGGGACAUAUCAAUUCUAGUGGGCCGAGUUCCAGUUGAAUCAGCUCGUGGUAUCACUCAAAUAACCUGGAAUGUCGAUGUGGUUCGAGAUAGAAUGAGAAAUGAGAUAAAAACUGUUUUAAAAGACAAUUCAACUGGCAACAUUGAAAGAGUCUUGGAAUAUUAUUUUAAUGACUGUAAAACUGGUGAUAUUAGACAAAUUGCUGAAGCUGUUUUCAACCUUUUCAAUGACAUUUGCUGGCACUGUCCUAAUUUAAUGUUGUCCUCGCAAUGGUCAAAAUACAACAGAGUCUACCUUUACUCUUAUACCUACAAAUCAAACCAUUUGGGCGAUCUUGACUUGGCACAACUCUUUGGUGCCUAUCACACUGAAGAUGUUUCCCUGAUAUUUGGUUUUCCCUAUAGUUAUUGUUCCCAUUACUCGGAUUCCGAUAGAUUGGUUUCUUCUUACAUGAUGAACCUUUGGUCAAACUUUCUCUACACUGGUACAGGUGAUUGGCCAAUCGUUAUGAAACAUUAUUCAGUUACUUUACCUUUUCACCAACAAAUCACUGGAAUCUGGAAUCAAAAGGCAGACAAACUGGAUGAUAAACAAUAUAUUUGUAGGCUUCUUAAUUACUAAAUUACAUAUGUGUGUGUGUGUCAAAACCUAACAAAAUUUCAGAUUCUUAGGCUAUAACUAGCUAAACGUUAUAUCAUUUUUGAUCAAGUUGACAGUUUCAUGAUUGAAGGUUUAAUUUAAUCAACCAUAACUUUGUAUGAUCUCAAGUUAUUAUAAUCAAAUUUAACUUGUCAGUCAAAUGGUCUUGAAGCUAAGUGAAAGAAGAGAAUGAAAAAUUGUUAAUUAGGUUUACAAUAUACAAUUGGAAAGCAAACCAGAUAAAUUACAAAAAUAGAUGUAAUGUAUUAAUAAAUCUUAAAUAUUUCCCCGUCCA